AUGAGUGAACAAAGUGAGUUGUCCGAAUCCCAGCUCCAAGACCUAAAAAGUCGCAUGAAAUUGAUAUCAGAAGCCGAUCCAGAACAAUUUCACAACGAAUUUUCGUUAAAAAGGUACUUGCGAGCUUUCAAAACGGCUGACAGUGCUUUUCAGGCCAUACUGAAGACAAACAAGUGGAAAAAAGAAUAUGGUGUGGACGCCCUCAAUCUGGAUCACCCAACAGUGAAAAAAAACCUGGAUGCCAAUAAAGCUCGAGUAUUAAAACACCGUGACAUGCACGGAAGGCCUGUGAUUUAUAUUCCAGCCAAAAACCACAAUGCCAAUGAUAGAGACAUUGAAGAACUUACAAAGUUUAUUGUAUAUUGUCUCGAAGAAGCCUGUAAAAAAUGCUUUGAAGAAGUCAUAGACAAUUUGUGCAUAGUUUUUGACUUGAAAAACUUUGGCCUUAGUUGUAUGGACUAUCAAAUGAUUAAGAACCUCAUAUGGCUGCUGAGCAAACACUAUCCUGAGAGAUUGGGAGUUUGUCUUAUCAUCAAUUCGCCCACAAUAUUUUCAGGAUGUUGGACUGUGAUUAGGGCUUGGCUGGAUGAGAAAACAGCAGGAAAAGUUACUUUUGUCAAUUCUGAAGCUGAUUUGUGUAGCUACUUGAUACCUGAUAUAUUACCUACAGAUAUUUAA